UCUCUUUUCAUGUCCCAAAUGUCAUUAAAUCAUCAGCACAGAAUUCAACGACAUGAUUUUCCGUGCAUGUUGAUCUCUCUCUCUCUACUUACCGACUUCUUUUUUUUUUUUUUUUUGUGGCUAAUCCUACUUACUAAUAGUGCUCAAUUAGCUCUUUUGUGCUAUCUUUUUAGUUCUCAUCAACUCAUCUACCUUUCCUUUUUUGGGCAAAUGUUCUCACCUUUGAACACAACUUGUCCCUCCCAAGUUUUCUUUCCUCGGCAAGAAUUUGUGUCUCUUUUUUUCAUAUCUGUUGUUCUUUUUCAUAUUUUGUGUUUGUGUUGUAAUUUUCUCAAUUGAUCUUCAAGUUUUUGGGCUUGGAUCUUUCUUGGGUGCUAAGUAUAUUCACUUCCCAAUUCAGAGAAAAACUCGCAAAACCCACUUCUCUUUCACUGAUUUAUCCUCAACCAAACAGUUUUCUGCUCAUGGGGUUGUUGAAAGGCAUCAAUUUUCAUGGUGGGUUUCUUGUUUUUGUCUUCUUGCUGUUCUUUAUAGCUAUGGUUAAAUCAGUAGAGGGAAUUGGAGUCAACUGGGGAACACAGUCAACGCACCCUUUGCCUGCUGCCACGGUGGUGAAGAUGUUAAAGGACAAUGGGAUCCAAAAUGUCAAGCUUUUUGAUGCUGAUUCCACUAUAUUGAAAGCUCUUGGGAAUUCUGGGAUUCAGGUCAUGGUGGGAAUCCCAAACGACAUGCUCAAUAGUUUGGCUAAUAGUGAAAAAGCAGCUGAGAAUUGGGUGUCCAAAAACUUGUCCUCACACGUUGCCAAUGGUGUAGGUGUAAGGUAUGUUGCAGUUGGGAAUGAACCUUUCUUGGCAACCUACAAUGGCAGCUUCCUUGGGACAACUUUUCCCGCUCUUCAAAACGUUCAGUCAGCCAUAGCGAAAGUUGGUUUAGGCAACCAAGUUAAAGUCACUAUCCCUCUAAAUGCUGAUGUGUAUGGCAGCUCGAGCGACAAACCUUCAGAUGGCGACUUUCGAUCAGACAUCCGUGAUCUUAUGCUCGAAAUAAUUAAGUUCUUGAGCGACAAUGGCGCUCCCUUUACUGUAAACAUCUACCCCUUCAUCAGCCUCCACAAUGAUCCUAACUUCCCCGUUGAUUUUGCCUUCUUUGAUGGCAACUCCAAUUCCAUAAAUGACAAUGGAAGGAUCUAUCAGAAUGUGUUCGAUGCAAACCAUGACACCCUUGUAUGGGCUCUGCAGAAACAUGGAUAUGGAAACAUGUCAAUUAUUGUCGGUGAGAUUGGCUGGCCUACUGACGGAGACCGCAGCGCAAAUCUGCAGUAUGCACAGCGGUUCAACCAAGGGUUCAUGACCCGGUUCAAUGCCGGGACAGGAACCCCAAUGAGACCAGGCACCAUGGAAGUCUACCUGUUUAGCCUUAUUGAUGAAGAUCACAAAAGCAUUGAGCCAGGUAACUUUGAACGCCAUUGGGGUCUGUUUUACUUCGACGGGACAGCCAAGUACCAGCUGAAUCUCGGAACCACAAGCUCAAAUGCGUUAGUACCCGCAAGCAGUGUAAGUUAUCUGGCUCAACAAUGGUGUGUUUUGUCUUCAUCAGCUAACCUGGAUGAUCCACAAGUGGUGCUGAGCGUGAGCUAUGCUUGUGCAAAUGGAGAUUGCACACGUCUUGGAUAUGGUACUUCUUGUGAAAGCUUGGAUUCUCGCGGGAACAUUUCGUAUGCAUUCAACAGUUACUACCAGAUAAAUGACCAGCUUGAGAGUGCCUGUAAAUUCCCAGAUGGCCUUUCAGUUGUCACCAACCAAGACCCCUCAACUGGAGACUGCAAAUUUAGGAUCAUGAUCCAACUGCCUUCUUCCUCAAGUAAUGAAGGAGGAAAUGUGGGAGGAGUUGGACAUCUUGAAAAGCCUGUUGGUUUGAUUCUGUUUGUGUUGGUGAUUCUCUUUGUGAUUUUGUGAUUAUAGGCUUUUGUGAUUUUCUUGUAUUAUUAUUAUUAUUAUUUUCCAUUUGUUAUUUAUAUAGGAUAUGUUAAAUGUCACAUGCUGUGAUUAUUAAUUUGGGGCUGGGGCCUGGAAUUUCAGUGAAAGAUUGUAGAUAGUAUACAUGUAUUCAUGGGGACUAAAUCACCUGCUAAUUUUUAUGCAAUUCAAUUUGAUUAAAAUCCAGGUUAUGGUCAACCAAUUCU